AUGCCGAAAGAAGUUUUUGUCGAAGCCUUGGUCGUCGGUGCUGGAUUUGGGGGAAUAUAUGCAACCUAUAGUCUUUCACAGCUAGGGUUGCACGUCAAGUGUAUAGAUGCCGCAGGCGACAUCGGAGGAACAUGGUACUGGAACAAGUAUCCUGGUGCCAUGAGCGAUACUGAAAGCUACCUUUAUCGCUACUCAUGGGACAAAGAUGACUUGCAGACGUACCCAUGGGCCAAUCAUUAUGUUUACCAACCGGAGAUCUUGGAGUAUCUGCGGCAUAUCGUUGAAAAGCACGACCUCCGAAAACACAUGGAGUUCAAAGUCGAAAUGAAAUCGGCAACAUGGGAUGACAAAGUUGGUCGCUGGGGUGUCAUCACUUCCAAGGGUCUCAUCUUCGCACGAUACUUAGUGAACUGUUUGGGUGUCUUAGCGCAGCCGACAUAUCCUGAGAUCUCUGGCAUAGAGACGUUUUCAGGCCGCAUGAUUCAUACUGCUAGGUGGGACGACACGAUAGAGCUUGUAGGAAAGAAAGUGGGCAUCCUCGGGAAUGGCUCGACUGGAAUCCAAGUCAUGACCGCAAUCGCGCCCAUUGUUGCGGAACUCAAGUCAUAUCAGCGCCACCCACAGUAUUCGGUACCUAGUGGGCAAGGUCCUGUGUCUCGAGAGUAUCGUCGGAGUAUCAACUCCAGCUACGAUGAGAUCUGGAAGAAUGUCCUUGGAUCUGCUGUUGGGUUCGGCAUUCCCGAGGUUAGUCGAAAAACCAUGGAGGCGACUCCUGAGGAGCGCCAAGCAGCAUUUCAGGAGGUGUGGGAUCGUGGAAAUGGGUUUCGAUUCAUGUUCAGUGCCUUUGGAGAUCUUACAGUCGACGAAAUUGCUAAUGAGGAGGCUUGUAAAUUUAUACGGGGCAAGAUAGAUGAAAUUGUUACGGAUCCUCGAAAGGCCGCCAUCCUGAAGCCGACUGAUCUAUAUGCACGACGACCUUUAUGCGACACCGGCUACUACCAAAUCUUCAAUCGCGAGAAUGUCGACGUUAUAGACAUAAAGGCAAAUCCUAUUUCCAGAAUCACCGAGCACGGAAUUACACUCUCUAAUGGUGAGCAGCAUAAGCUCGAUAUCAUUAUAUUUGCUACCGGCUUCGACGCCAUUGAAGGCAACUAUCAGCCACUGGGAAUCUGUGGUCGCAACGGCACAACUAUUCAAGAACACUGGAAGAAUGGCCCUACUGCCUAUGGAGGUAUAUCAUGCGCAAACUUUCCGAACAUGUUCCUCGUGUCCGGACCACAGGCGCCCUUUGCCAAUUUUCCUCCCGUGAUUGAAAGCGAGAUUGAGUUCAUCACCGCUUGCAUCGAGCAUGCAGAAAAAUCAAUGCACGAUCAGCAAACAGAAGGAAAAGUCAGGCAUGUGGCUAUAGAGGCGACUGAGGAUGCUGAAACGGGCUGGUCUGCGUUGUGUGAUCAGCUUGUGGAAGGCUCGUUGUUCAAGAAGACGAGUAGCUGGAUUUUUGGUGCCAACAUUCCGGGUCGUAAACCCACGACUAACUUUUACUUUGGUGGAUUGGGCAGCUAUCGCACUUGGUUACAAGGCGUCAUUGCCGAUAGCUUUCGUGGCUUUACGUUUUGGCUUGAUUAG